AUGGGCUAUUGUGUGAGCAAACCACCUCGUAACGAUAGAUAACUUAAGAUAAAUAAUAAUGAUUCUUCUAAAUUCUAAAAAAAUUAAACUUAGGAUGUAACAACUCAACUGAAUAAUUAAACUUUAUCAUAAUUCACAAAUUUAAAUUGUUCAAUCUAAUAGUAAAAAGUUUACAAAAAGAGGGAUUAUAAAAAAAGUGAAUUAAUUGGUAAAGGAUCAUAAUUUGAAGUAUAUUAAGCACUUGAUAAUAAAACAGGUAAAAUAUUGGCAAUAAAAACUGUUAAGCUUUAAGGUACAAAAGAAUAAGUAUUUGAUAAUAUUAUUAUAUAAUAGAUGAAUCAAUAGAUUAAUUCAUUGAAAGCAGAAAUAAAAUUAUUGAAACAAUUAAAGCAUAAAAAUAUUAUAGAGUUUUAUUUUACAGAAAUAAGUUCUGAUUUUACUUAUGUUGAUAUAGCUCUUGAAUAUAUCUCCUAAGGGUCUUUGAGACGAGUUUUGAGUAAAAUUGAUCUUGAGGAAACUAACAUUAAAAUAUAUAGUAAAUAAAUAUUAGAAGGUAUUAAUUAUCUUCAUAAAAAAAAUAUUAUCCACAGAAAUAUAAAGAGUUCAAAUAUUUUAGUUGAUAGUUAAGGCAUAAUUAAAUUAUCUAAUUUUAAAAACUAUAUUUAAAUUGAUCAAGAUGUUGAAAUAAAUGAAAAAUAAAAAUAAAAGUCCCCAAAAUUAGAAGAAGAUUGUAAAAAAAUGAAAGAGAUAUUUGCAAUAGAUAUAAUAGCUUUUGGGGCUGUUAUAAUAGAGAUGUUUGGUGGAGGUAUUCUCAAUAUGGAUGAUUAUUAUUUAAAGGAUGCUUCUGAUAUAAAUAAACCAUCAUAUCCAACAUAAGCUAGUGAAUUAUCUAAAAAUCUAUUAGAUAUUAUUUUUGUACCAAAUCAUUAAUAAUAUUCAGCUGAAAAAUUACUCUAACAUCCAUUUUUUAACUUAUAAUAAGGAAGAAAUGAAUUAAAAUUAGAUGAUCCUAAUUCUGAAUAAUCUUACAUUGGAUCUAGUUUUGAAAUGAAAAAACCAUUUAUUUAAGAUUCUAAUGAAGAUCAAUAAAAUAGAGAAUAUAAUAAUUUGUAGAACAAUAAAAAAAGGUAUUUGCUUUUUUUAAUUUUUAGAUAAUAAGAACUUGAAUAAGCUCUUUAAGAAUUGCUACGUAAAAAAAAUAUUGAUAAAUGA